AUGCAACGAUCCUUUUCCUGGAUCAGAACAGCCGGUGCUACCAACGCGCUUGUCGUGAAGCCGUUCUUUUAUAUCAUCCCAACCAUCGAUCGCCCUAAAUGUCUCAGCCUCGCCGCAGGAAGCGGCGGUGCAUACGGAGGAUCGAAGGGAGCGAACGUUUGGCGCGCGGGGAAGCGAAUCACAGCGGUGCGUAGCACCGUGAACAACGGCACCGAAAGCGGCGCAUCCAGUAGCAGCAAUGCAGGAAAUUCCGAACCGCUGUCACAGCUUCCCGAUUGGUCGGGGAUCACCUACACGCGGCUUCAGCUACGUCCAGAGCCACAGUUACCGCCACGUGUCGAGCACCUAUUGGUGGAACGAGAAGGCAGGGUUGUGGAUGUGGUGGCUGAAUCAUUGGAGCUUCCGAGGGAAUACGUCACAGAUUUGAUACGAUUUGGUGGGAUCUACCAUGCCCAGGUGCCACCUCCCCCACCUCCGAACCUCCCUCCAGAGGCCCUUCAAGCCUACCUUGAAUUUAUUGCCCAGCACACCACUGACCCCUCCUCCUCGCCCUCCUCUCCCACCUCCGCUUCCUCCUCCUCUUCCUCCUCCUCGCGUCAACCAAAGGUCACAUUGGCAGAGUUGCAGAAGGUUAGAAGGGUGGAGGUGGGGGGAGUGCGGGGAAGAGGCGUUGGGCAGAAGGAGAAGCGGCAACGGCAGAGGUCCCGAGACAAGGGGGGGAAGAAGGGCAAGGGGAGUGGGCGAGAAAUGAGGGGCAAAACGGACGGGAGGAAUGGUAGAGGCGAGGAGAAAUGUCAGCAGCAGGAGGGAGGGGAGGAGGGGAAGGAGGGGGAGGAGGAGUAUGGAGUGAGAGUGAAGGCAGGCAGUUACCUCCGAGUUCACGUGCAUCCUAAGCGAUUCCCCAUGUGCUACAGCUUUGACUGGCGAAAGUCGGUGAUUGUUAACGAGGAUGACUAUGUGGUGAUCGAUAAGCCAUACAACGUUCCGGUGGGCGGCACAGUGGACAAUCUCUUGGAGUGUUGCGCAUUCUUUGGAGGGCAAGCCGUGGAGCUCGAUCGCCCGCUGCAGCUCACCCACCAGCUCGACCUCUGCACGCAGGGCUGUGUGGUGAUGGCCAAGAACCGCCAGUUCGCCAGCCAUUUCAACCAGUUGCUUCAGGGUCGCAAGGUCCGCAAGCUUUACAAGGCCCUAACCGCAUCUGCUCCUGCUCCGGGCAGACACAUACAUUUCAUGCUGCCCGAUCCAUACUCCCCGAAGAUUUUAACCCGAGAAGCCAUGCCAGGCUGGCAGCGCUGCGAGCUCGUGAUUCGCCGAGUGGAGGAGGUGCCAUGGCCUGCUGAUUCUGCGCUGGCUUCUGCUGACGUGGACUGCUCUUAUUGGCCAGCUGCUGACGUGGCAUACGAGUGCCUAGUGGAGCUGAUAACAGGGAGAACGCACCAGCUUCGAGCACAGUUUGCAGCGCUGGGCGCGCCCCUCCUCGGUGACACCAUGUACGGCCCCGCCCAAGCCCAGCAGGCCGCGCCUAUGGUUCUAAAAGCAACCAUACCACCCAACCGAGGUUCAGUUGAUGUGAGAGGGAAUGGAGUGGGGAUUUCAGGCCAGCAAGAGAGGAGAAGGGAAUUUGUGGAUGCGGAGGUGCUGUCCCAGGCGAAGCACCUGUUUGGGACAGCACCGGAAGCGGCGAUUGGCUUGCAGGCGUUUUCUGUGAGAUGGGAGGAGCAGGUGGAAGAAAGCAAGGGGCGAGUGAGAACUGUUUACAAGCAGUACGAGGCUGGCAGUCCGUGGUGGAGAGAGGGUUGA